GUGAUCUUUUACACUUUGUUAUAUUCUUGAAUUCCCAUUUUCUCCAUUGGUCAAACUGUCAUCCUGUUUGUCAUUUUCCUACCAACAGGUGUUUUUGUUUCUUCUUCUUUUUCUUAUGGUUGUUUCCAGCUGUGGAUGUUUGUGUUCAAUUUUUUUAAUCUUUUAACCAUUAAAACAUCUGUCUGAUGAGUGUUUUUUUAAGUCAUUUGAGUCAUGACCAGUUGGCUAGGAUGUGUUAGUUGCAGCGUCAUGAUGAAGAGACAGUCUGACUGGGUAUUAGCAUCAUCGUCAUCCCACGCAGAAUAUGCUUCUAUCGGGUUUCGGCCGAUUCCGUCAGACUCACAAACCACCAAGUCCUGCCUUUCCUCCGCACAGCCAACCAACAACCACCAGCCAAGACUCCAACGACAACACCAUCGAUCUCAAGCGAAUAAAAAUGGCUCGACCUUCAGCAACCCCACGUCCCCGAUUCGCUCCUAACAUCAAGCCCCAGCCGCAUCUCAUGGGCGUCACCUCCUCAGUACUCAGCCGAUGGGCACCGAUCCUCGGCAUCUGGGGCGCAGGUGGAGCCGCAUUCGUCACCCUGGCCGCAUCCGCAAUUCCUCGUUUCCAGGAAGACGUAUUGAAGAAGAUCCCUGGUGUCGCCUCGUACUACGAAUCUACCGUCCCCGAUUGCGACAAACCCUUCUAAAGCAUCCUCAGCUAUUUUCCCCUUCAACCUGUUCUUGUUUUAUCGUCGAGACUAUUUCACUUUCUUCCAUAGUAGAUGUAGGAAAUAGAUUUUUUUUCAAAAGUCAUUUUGUGCAGAUAGGUCACCCUGCAGGCGAUUAUAGUUUCACUAAUUAAACAGGUUUGUAGCACAACUAUUAAGUGAUAAGCGUCAAAUUCAGACCGUUGGGAACUUGGAAUUGAUCAAUGCGUGGUAAGACACUGGAUUCAAUCGGGACGAAUGGGCAUUUUUGCAAGCACAAGUUGACUAGGCAAUUGUAGAGACACAUUGUACUCUAAGAUGAGAUCAUUUUUGAUCUGAGGACAAUCAAGAGAAAGCAAGUUGCAACUAGGGGGUUUCUAUCUUCACCCACGCACUAAUUAUUAUGGUGGAUCUAUAGUAAUACAAAAUUCAUCAGUAUGUGUAUCUUGGGGAAUACCCUGUUAGGGUAGGUAAAACUUGAAAUUGGUGGAGGCCCAACUGUUCCCACUGCCAGGAAAUAUGUAUCAGAAGCUCACAAUGGAUGCUCAUGAAUUCUUGAUUUUAAAACAAUAUUUAUCUUGGUAUGUUAAAGAUAGUAAAUUCUCAUCUGAAUCCUGAUAACUAAUCAACAAUUUUCAUAAACCACAUGUUUGUGUAUAUUGGAAGAGCUUUCAUUGUUUCAAUUUGGUGAGGAGUUAGAUCAAUCACUUUGAGUGUGAAUUUACGGAUCCAUUCAAUCAUUUCUGGUUCAUCAGGGUGUUGAAUUUGAUGAUGUUG